AUGAAAAUGCUGGAUACGUUAACGCAGAAAGUCAACGAGACGCACAACGAAAUACUUCAGGUACAAGAUCAAGUUGUCCAAGCCUUACGCUCCUUCUACGCAUCGUCGUCGAGACUUUCUGCUGAUGCAGCUGCUGAGAUCGCGGCAAAAUGGGGCCCACCGCACGCUUUUUCUACAAAAGUUAAUGGCGCUGAUGCAUCCGACCUCCAAGAUACGAUGCAACGUUUAAAUGUAGCCAUAUUGGACGCUGUCGACCGGUUGCAGUUGGACGAAGCCGCCGAGAUUGCACCCGAGGCACAACUGAUGCUUUCUUGGAUGAAUCGAGAGCAGCUUAGGAAGCAGUUGCAGCAGUCGCAAAUCAUGUUGAUGGCUAUUGAGCAGUUAAUCACAAUUGAUGGACUUCUACAUGAUGUAGACGAAGCUAUCAACCGCAAAGACUUUGUCACGGCGGCUGAAGGAGUUGUUGAAGGCGAGAAAUUAGUCCAUGAUUUACUAAAGGAAGAGGUGAAGGAGGUAGACAACGUGACGGAUCUAAAACUUAUAAAAGUCGUGGAAUUGCAGCUGCGGAGUAAGAAGAAUCGGUUGCUUCACGAACUUUCGAAAUACUUCGCUUGUACAAUAAAGUUGAAAGAAAAUAUGGUGAAGGUGAUGGCAGAGAUAGAAAUUAAUGAAGUUGAGACAACAAGAGUCAGUGAAGAAGGUCGAAGCUCUGCUUACUGGAAAGCAUGCAAAAUUUUGAAUAUUCUGGCACCAAGGCUAAAAGAUCUUGCCAAGACCUUGUCUCAACAAAUGAUAAAGCCAAUGCUGCAAAUGCCGUGCGGGAUGCUCAAGCAAAUACGUUGUGAAGAUGGAAUUUUGCUCCAAGCUGUGCCUCGAGAUGAUGCGUGCAAUGACGACGAAGUAGCAGAGCUGCAGAGUAAGUAUGCUAACGUGGUGGGCGUGCUUCACUUUGUACACGCCGAAGUAUUUGAGGGGAAUUCUGAGCUGAUGAAUCAGUUCGGAGACGUAUUGUGGAAAAUUCCGGGAAAUUUGGAGGCUCAGCUUCUGCAUAUUUUGCAAGAAGAAAUUCCGCAAGACUUUGCUGCAAUCGAGGCUUUUCGAGAAGUUCUCACGACGGCUAUCACUGGCUUAGAUGAUACGCUGGUGACGCUUGGCUUCUCGGCUUGCACUGAUCAGCUGCGAGGGAUGGUGGACCAGCUCAAUCAAUUGCACUCGAAAAAACGCCGUCAAGUGAUUCUUGGUAGCGGACGCGAUUUGAUACAUCGAGGCUAUGUUAAUUCAGUUAAGGUGAACAACAACUCGGAAAAGUGCAAUCUUACUGCGCCUGCUUAUUCGCGCAGUAAAGGAAAAGACGAUAGCAAGGGAAAUGCUGAGACAAGUACUCUAUUCGUCAAUUUGGCUGUUGAACAUGUUGAUAGUAGCUGCUUCCAAGUCCCUGACUAUCGCGUUAGUGUUUGUGCGCAUGAAAUGGUUGAGUUGGCUCACCAGACGAUUCUUGAGGCUUGCACCGCAAGCGUGUCGAACGCAAAUCUGCUCUUUCAGACAGCUCGCGAUCUGUUCCUUCUGUUUCGCUCGAUUGUUCCUACGCUGUACAAAGUGGAGAUUGCAAACAACGCUCAAACUUGCAUGCUCUAUCAUAACGAUUGUCUAUACAUGACGUACCACAUGGUGGUAAUUGGCUAUCUAUACAAACAGCGGUAUGUUCUGAAGUACCUAAAAUACAUCUUUCACACUGACAUGUUGCCACUGAUCAUUAGGCUUCGAGUGCCAUUUAAUCCGACCGCAACAAUGGUGGAUAUGAUUCCUUCCUUUAGAGACGCCGGUGAAUUUGCGUUGACAUCAUACACCUCAGCUCAAGUUGAAGAGAUUUUGUCCGGCUUGUAUUUGAUACAGUUGCUUGGUGCAAUUGAUUCAGAAUCUGAAUCAAAGCGCGCUGAGAACUUCUUGAAAAGUACGCUUUAUAAGCUCAAUACGAUAAGCUCCUCAUGGCAUGAAGGAAUGCCACUGGCGGUUUACAACAAAGUCAUGUCAAGGAUGCUCGAGCCGCUGGUAAAAAAAAUAAUGGAAGACAUCCUGACUCAAACGAAUAUUUCGGAAUUCACCAAAGUUCACCUCCACCACUUGCUGACGUUGCUGAGGGAGUCUGAAUUACUAUUCGAUUCGCCUGCUCAAGCUAAUAAAUAUGUUCCGGAACUUGAAAAACUAUCGAAACUGACGUUAAUGAUGAUGGAUCCACUCACGACAGUUCGUUAUAAAUUCCAGAGAAGGAGUCUUGAUAUAUUUUCUCCAAGAGAGCUGGCUGCACUUAUAAGGUCUUUAUUUCGCGACUCUCCGGAGAAAACCGAGUUUUUGCAGGAGCUUAAGACUAUGAUGUGA